AUGAAAAGGACGAGGCAUGGACUGCUUCUCCUCAUUUUAUGGGAAUUCAAAUGGGGUCUUUUAACUGCCGCUCUUCCUCGUUUAUGUUUCACUGCCUUUACCUUUGCGCAGCCGUUUCUCUUGGACUCGGUUAUCCAGUAUAUUCAGACGCCCUCCGCGAAACUAAACCCGAAGGAUGGUUAUGGGAUACUUGGCGCAUACAUCUUGGUUUAUGUCGGGCUUGGAGUCUCGGAAUCCUGCUAUCAGCAUCUCACUUACCGAACCAUAACUCUCAUGCGUGGAUGUCUCGUACCAUUCAUAUAUGAGAAGACGCUCUCUAUGGAUGUGAACAUGGCCGAGGAAUCUGCCCCGCUUACCCUCAUGAGUGCCGAUAUCGAGAAAGUGGCAUUCGGUAUGCGGUACAUGCACGAAGCGUGGGGGAAUAUAAUCGAGAUAGCCCUGACCCUCUGGUUGUUGUAUCGCGAGCUUAAUUAUGGGGGGCUGAGUCCUAUUCUAAUUGCAAUAGUUUGUGGAGCUGCCGCUGCCGCAAUGGCACCAGCGGUCGGACAUCGCCAAGCGACAUGGGUGAAGGCGAUCCAAAAUCGGCUCGAUAUCACAACAUAUAUGAUUGACUCGAUGAAAAGCCUGAAAUUUGAGGGAUUGACUCCAUGGUUUUCGGAUUUCGUCCAGAGCCUUCGGAUUCAAGAGAUCGGGUACGCGAAUAAAUUCCGCUCAUUUCUGAUCUACGCAGUUAGUCUUUCAUUUGGUACCUCGGUUAUAUCACCGGUUGUAGGAUUUGCAGUAUUCGUGGCUUUAUCCAAGUCCAAUAAUGGUCCUUCUCUGACUACGCAAAGGGCAAUGACCACUUUAUCCUUGUUCACUGUCCUUCAAACACCAAUGUCCUCCAUUUUGCAGGCUGUGCCAAAUCUCAUAUCUGCCUUCGGAUCGUUGGAGCGAAUCCACGAUUUUCUGAAGACUGAAAAUCCCAGAGAUCGUGGAUAUAUAGGCCCCUUUCGCUCAUCACAAACCCUUCGAGCUUCAAUGGAAGACUUAGUUGAUGAAAAGUUGAAGCAGGAUGACCAUUCGAAUAUCGCCACCGCUAGAGACUGGAGUGUUGGCUGGGAGCGUGAUAGGGAUGCGGUCAUCAAGAGCGUAACGUUCAAUAUCACCCCCUCUUCACUGACAGUGAUCACAGGACCCACGGGCUGUGGGAAAUCCACACUGCUGACUGGAUUACGUCGGGAAAUGCCCUUUGAACAGGGAUACCUGACAUGUCGGCAUUCUGCAGCGGCCUUUUGUAGUCAAAAUCCGUGGCUGCAGAACGGGACCAUCAUGAGUAACAUUAUCGGUCCAUCCAGCUACGAUGCCCGAUGGUAUCGCCAAGCCCUGGCUCGAGCUCUGUACUCUCGGCAGCCCUUACUGCUUCUCGAUGAUAUCUUCAGCGGAUUCGAUUCGGAAACAGAGCAAUUAGUGAUCGCCCGUCUCUUUAGCGAAGGAGGGUUUUGUCAGAGAGAAAACAUCACGACUGUUCUCGCGACUCAUUCUGCGCGUGUUGUUUCUUUCGCUGAUCACAUCAUUCGCCUGGACAGCAAAGGAGGUCUUUCUGAAAAAGAGGGAUCGUUAUUGUCGAGCUCGACGAAACCUAGCAUGAGUGACCUCCAGACCGAGAUGAUAAUGAAUGACAAAAGAAACAGCAGACAAUCCAAUCUCGAGGUGCCACCCGAGCUAGCUGCGCAGCUAGAGACUGCAGAGGCAAACCGAAUAUCAGGAGACGUCAGCGUAUAUGGGUACUACCUGACGAUAGUCGGUCGGUUGAACUCAGUCCUUUUCUUCUUUGCGGUGACAGUCUUCACAUUCUGUCUUACCUUUCCGAACGUAUGGGUGCAGAGAUGGGCAGCCGCUAAUGAGAAACGUCCGAAUGAGAAUCUGGGCCUAUAUAUGGGGGUUGCGCCACUAUCAUUCUUCCAUUCGACAGACUCCGGUGUCAUAACAAACAAAUUCAGCCAGGAUAUGCAGCUAGUCGAUAUGGAGCUUCCUCUUGCUCUGGUGGAAACAAGCGUUGCACUUACACUCUGCAUCGCCCAGCUUCUCAUCGUCUUCAUCACUGGAAAAUACGUUGCUGCCUUAACGCCCGUCUGCGUCAUUCUCAUCUACUUCCUACAAAAAUUCUAUCUUCGCACAUCCCGGCAGCUGCGAUUUAUGGAACUCGAGGCCAAAUCUCCCUUGUAUUCGAAUUUCAUGGAGACGGUUAACGGGUUGGUAACAAUUCGCGCCUUUGGAUGGCAGAGCAGCUUCCUGGAGCAUAUUUUUGAAUUAACAGAUGCGUCACAAAGACCUUAUUAUCUCCUCUUUGUUAUUCAGCGGUGGCUAACUCUGGUGCUUGACAUGGUCGUCGCGGGAAUGGCAACCCUCAUUGUGGGCAUUGCAGUUGGUGCGCACGGGUCCAUUGGUGCUGGUUCAGCUGGACUUGGACUGCUCAAUAUUAUCAGUCUAGGGGAAAGCUUGAAACAAUUGAUCUCAAACUGGACUGUAUUGGAGACCUCCAUUGGUGCGGUGUCGCGUGUGAAGAACUUCCAAGGAGAUGUGAAGCCUGAAGAUGACCCAACAAAACACUACUCGGCUCCUGAUGACUGGCCCUACAGGGGAGAGAUCGAUUUCUUUUCUGUUUCUGCCUCAUAUAAUGCGAAUCGCCAACCGGUUUUGUCCAACGUCUCCCUGUCAAUCGCUGCAGGUGAAAAGCUUCUUUUUCGCCUCCUCGAAGUUGACGACGGUCUAAUCACAAUUGAUGGGGUGGAUAUCAGCACCAUUUCUGCCCAACAGAUCCGCUCGUCCCUUUCCUGCUUACCACAAGAAGCAACUGUCCUGCCAGGUACAAUUAGGCAGAAUGUUGACCCCCUCGGCUUGGUACCCGACCAGGAUAUUGCGGUUGCUCUGAAAGAAGUUGGUCUAUGGGAAAUCGCUUCCACUCGCCUAGGGGGCUUGGAUGGACAGAUACAAGAAGACAGAUUCUCCCAAGGCCAAAAACAGCUUUUGCGUCUAGCCGCAGCAAUGUUGCGAAAGAGUCGAGUUGUGGUUCUUGAUGAAGCUACGAGCAGUGUGGACUUGGAAACCGAUGCUCUCAUGCAGCGUCUGAUUCGGACAGCAUUUGCAUCGUGCACUGUCAUUGCUGUUGUGCACCGUCUUCAUACGAUCCUAGAUUUUGACAAGGUUGUUGUGAUCGAGAAUGGACGCAUUGUUGAGUGUGGUAAACCGAAUGAACUUUUGAACAACAAUGGUCUGUUUCACCAGCUUUACAGUAAAAAUGGUGAAGCUGGUGAGAUAUCACGAUGA